AUGAACAAGUACAAAUCGAUUCUUUCCUCCUCAUCAACAUUAAGCAAUUCCACACCAAUGAUGAUGAUGACGAAACACCUCCCGAGAGCCACAUUAUUUUCCCUGAAAAAAUCUUCUCCGAAUCAUGAAGAAUUAAAUUUCGGAAUUUCAAUGAUGAUGAUGAAGAAGAAUACAAGACGAUGCUUUUCCUCCUCAUUAAACAAUCAAAAAGAAACAAAAUCCAAUAGUGAUGAUGAUUAUAAAAUUCAAUAUGAAAAAUACACUAAAGAUUUAGCCCAACGAGUGGUUGAUAUUUUCCAUGCACAAAAGAGUUGUCAAUUAACAAGUUUUGGAGGAUCGGAGAGUACUAGUGUUGAACAUUUGAAAACUUCAAUCAUUCCGAUGGCUAUUGUUAAAAAGACAGUCUCUGAUAUUUAUUUAUCGGAAUUUAAGAAGAAACCAAAGAAGGAACAAGAAGAACAUUUGGAAGGAAUUAAAUAUUAUGAGGAUAUUUCAGGAUUUGAAGAUGAUGGAUAUAAUCUUAAACAUUUUGAUAUUUAUAUUUGCAUGCCUGAUGGAAGUGAUCAUCUUGUUAAUAUUUCCAAUGCUCCAGAGCCAUUGCAAAUCAGAAGAAAAUUACUCCCAACAGAGACAGCCAUUGUCAGUAUUGCAACUGGUCACAGCGAUCAGAUUAUGAGCUCACUAUUCCAGAGAGUGGGUAGAAUGCCUCCACGUGCCACAAUUUCUGCCACUCUUGAAACUAUUCCAAAAGAGUCUGAGGGAUUUCAUCAAAUUUGGACUGAACAAUUUAGAAUGCAUCCAAAUGUUUCGAUUCAAAUGAAGAAGAAUAGUGCCAAUAUUUUCAGAGUGAGAGUUGUCAAGAGUGCCUUCUUUUUGGAUGAAGGAUCAGCCAUGAAAGAAAUUCAAGAUAUGGAUCAUUUGAGUAGGGAAGUUAUUCCAGAUUCACUUUCUGCAUCAGCCAAUAUCAAAUCAAUUAUUAGAAGAUUGAAUGGAAAUCCAGAGAGAGUUGCAGCCAUUUUGGAGAAGGGUUUUGGAAUUCAUUUGAGUGACUUUUUCGUUUAUGAACUCAAUUCAUAUUGCAUGAGAAUUAUGGGCAGAGAUGUGAGCUAUGGCAAUGGAAAGAAGGAACCAUCACAAUUUUCAACCUAUGAAUUGGACCAUGGUUAUAAAAUUUCAACCGAGGCCAUGUUUAAUCAAUACCUUACCAAAUUCCAUAAUGCAUAAAUUAUUAAUUGAUUUUG